AUGGAGGAGUGCUCAACUGGGGCUCUAGUCCCGGCGGUGAAACCAGAACCAAAGCCGUCAAGCAUCGAGGCUUCGGCUGAUCCAGGGAGCAAUGACGUGGAUCGUCCAACUCAUGAGAAAGGAUUGACGGAGGUGGACAAGGACUUGUUGUGUCCAAUUUGCAUGCAGCUGGUAAAGGAUGCCUUCCUCACAGCAUGUGGUCACAGCUUCUGCUACAUGUGCAUCAUUACCCAUCUCCGCAACAAGAGUGACUGCCCUUGCUGCGGCCAGUUCCUCAGCACCAACCAAUUGUUCCCCAAUUUCCUGCUGGAUAAGCUUCUGAAGAAGGCAUCGGCUCGUCAAAUUUCCAAAAGUGCGUCCCCUGUGGAGCAUUUUCGUCAGGCAUUGCAACAGGGAUGUGAAGUGUCCAUCAAGGAGCUAGACACCCUGUUGACACUCCUGGCAGAGAAGAAGAGGAAAAUGGAACAAGAAGAGGCAGAGAGAAAUAUGCAAAUACUGCUUGACUUCUUGAAUUGCCUAAGGAAGCAAAAAGUUGAAGAGCUUAAUGAGGUGCAAACCCAUCUUCAAUUUAUUAAAGAGGACAUAGGUGCAGUAGAGAGACGCAGAAUGGACUUGUACCGUGCGAGGGACAGAUACUCCGUCAAGCUGCGGAUGCUUGGAGGGGAUGAUUCUAUUUCUGGUGCAAGAAAGUCAUGGCCUUCCUCCAUAGAUAACAAUACCAGUUCUCUCAGUGGGCGAGCAGGGAUGUCUUCAUGGAAUCUUCAAUCUAAGAAACUUGAUGGCUGGGGACUUCAGAAAAAGGAUGCUUUAAGUGCAUCAGACUCCCAGUAUAUGACUCAAUCUGGUCUUGCUGUAGCCAGAAAGAAGCGGGUCCAUGCACAGUUUGAUGAACUACAAGAGUGUUACCUGCAAAAACGACGCCAGAUGGCGAACCAACCAUAUAUCCAGCAAGAACGGGACAAAAAUGUGAUACAAAGAGAAGGUUACACUACGGGCCUUGCUGAUUUUCAAUCAGUGCUUACCACGUUAACGCGGUAUAGACGGAUGAGGGUCAUUGCUGAACUUAGGCAUGGGGAUCUAUUUCACCCAGCCAAUAUAGUAUCAAGCAUUGAAUUUGACCGUGAUUAUGAAUUGUUCGCUACUGCUGGGGUUUCACGGUGCAUAAAAGUUUUCGACUUCUCCUCAGUUGUGAAUGAUCCAGCUGAUGUGCAUUGUCCUGUUGUGGAGAUGCCUACACGUUCAAAGCUUAGUUGCUUGAGCUGGAACAAGUUUACAAAAAACCAUAUAGCUAGUACUGAUUAUGAGGGAAUAGUAACAGUUUGGGAUGUAAAUACUCGGCAAAGUGUCAUGGAAUAUGAAGAGCAUGAAAAACGUGCUUGGAGUGUUGAUUUUUCAUGCACAGAGCCCACAAGGCUUGUAUCUGGUAGUGAUGAUUGUAAGGUAAAAGUUUGGUGCACAAGGCAGGAAACUAGUGUUCUUGAUAUUGACAUGAAAGCGAACAUUUGUUGUGUAAAGUAUAAUCCUGGAUCUAGCAACUGCAUUGCGGUUGGUUCAGCAGACCAUCACAUCCACUAUUAUGAUUUAAGAAAUCCGAGCCAACCACUCCAUGUGUUCACCGGGCACAAGAAAGCUGUUUCUUAUGUGAAAUUCUUGUCAAACUAUGAGCUUGCCUCUGCAUCCACUGAUAGCACAUUGCGGUUAUGGAAUGUGAAGGAAAAUAUUCCAGUUCGUACGUUUAAAGGUCACACAAAUGAGAAGAACUUCGUAGGUCUUACAGUAAACGGGGAAUACAUUGCUUGUGGCAGUGAAACGAAUGAAGUGUUUGUGUAUCAUAAGGAAAUCUCCAAACCUGUGACUUGGCAUAGAUUUGGAUCGCCUGAUUUGGAUGACACCGAUGAUGAUGCAGGGUCUUACUUCAUCAGUGCUGUAUGUUGGAAGAGUGAUAGCCCUACCAUGCUAACUGCUAACAGUCAGGGAACCAUUAAAGUGCUGGUUCUUGCUGCUUAA